GGUUUAUUUACAAAUCUCUGUGUUCACACGGUGACAGCUGAUACAUGUCACCAAGAAAGUGGGACGAUACUUGUUUCCAAUUGUCGUAAAUCGGUCAUGUCUAUAUUCAAAGCGAGGGUUAAAGAGUUCGAGGACCUGUUGAGCAAGGAAGAAAUCGACCUUCGAAGGCUACGUGAACUAUGUUUCAAUGGCAUUCCCGAAUGCAAUGGCUUUCGUCCGUUAUGCUGGAAGCUGCUGCUGGGGUAUUUAGGUCCAAAAAAGGAUUCAUGGUCAAGCACCUUAGAACGGAAGCGGGAACUCUACAGACAAUUCAUCGAGGAGAUGGUAGUGCCGCCCGGGCUGCAGAGCAGCGAGGAGUGCCACGACCACCCCCUCAGCGAGGGACCGGAAAGCGCGUGGAGCACAUUCUUCAAAGAUAAUGAAUUUCUGCUGCAGAUUGAUAAGGACGUGAGGCGGUUGUGUCCGGAUAUAUCGUUCUUUCAGCAGCCCACAGAGUUUCCCUGUGAUAUCGUUGUGAAUAGUCGAGGUGAGCGGAGGCUCCACCAGCGUGUUGUCCCAUCAAUUUUGAGUUCAGCCAAUGUGGAAAGGAAAGGGUUGGGAGUGACGAAGCAAAUAAAUUCAAUGAGAAAAAGAAAUUCUGAAAGUUACGAAGCAAUGGACGAAGGUCAAGAAGCACACUGGGAAGUAGUUCAAAGAAUACUCUUCAUAUAUGCAAAAUUGAAUCCUGGACAAGGUUAUGUACAAGGAAUGAAUGAAAUUGUCGGUCCAAUUUACUAUAUAAUGGCUUCAAACUCAGUAGUUGAAGAACGAAAAUACGCUGAGGCGGAUUGUUUCUUCUGCUUCACUGCACUCAUGGCGGAAAUACGUGAUUUUUUCAUAAAGACCUUAGAUGACUCAGAAGGGGGCAUUAAAUUUAUGAUGGAAAAACUUGCAAAAAUGCUGCAUGAAAAGGAUCCUGAUGUCUGGCUGAGAUUAAAGCAACAAGAAUUGUAUCCACAGUACUACAGUUUUCGAUGGCUUACGCUCAUUCUUUCACAAGAAUUUCCUCUACCAGAUGUGGUGCGAAUGUGGGACUCAAUUUUCUCGGAUGAAAACCGUUUCAGUUUUCUUAUAGACGUGUGCUGUGCUAUGAUUGUUUUAUUACGUGAUCAAAUACUAGAAAAUGAUUUCAGUACAAAUGUGAAACUAUUGCAGAAUUUCCCCCCAAUGGAUAUCAACAUUGUACUCUCUAAAGCCGUUAGUCUAAGACAAAAGCAAUGAUAUCAAACGACUCUUUAA